GCCCUCCCCGCGUAUGAUAACACCCGAGGGGCACGGCUGCAGGCAGAGCAGCUGUGCGCCAUGGCGGUGUCCCCUGGAGGGACCCCAGACCCUGCCAUUGAGCCGCUGCAGUCCCAGCCGGCAGCGCACACCCCGGAGCCUGGCUCGGACAGCAGAGCUGGUCGCCUCUCAUUCUGUACGAAGGUGUGCUAUGGCAUUGGCGGGGUCCCCAACCAGGUGGCCUCCAGCGCCACAGCCUUUUACUUGCAGCUCUUCCUGCUAGAUGUGGCACAGAUCCCUGCUGCCCAGGUGUCACUUGUCCUGUUUGGAGGGAAGGUGUCUGGGGCAGCUGCUGACCCUUUGGCUGGGUUCUUCAUCAACAGAAGCAGGAGGACCGGGUCUGGACGCCUCAUGCCCUGGGUGCUGGGCUGCACUCCCUUCAUUGCCUUGGCUUACUUCUUCCUGUGGUUCCUGCCCCCCUUCACCAGCCUGCGAGGACUUUGGUACAUGACCUUCUACUGCCUAUUCCAGGCCCUGGCAACGUUCUUCCAGGUGCCCUACACGGCGCUCACCAUGUUCUUGACCCCCAGCCCGAGGGAGCGGGACUCGGCCACCGCGUACCGGUUGACCAUGGAGAUGGUGGGGACGCUGAUGGGGGCUGCGGUCCACGGACUCAUCGUGUCUGGCGCCCACACGUCGCACAGGUGCGAGGACGCCGCGCUCCCGGGGCGGAUCCCCGUCUCCCCCGACGCGACUCGUCUCUACUUCAUUGCAGCCACUGUGGUUACUGUGACUUAUCCUGUGUGCAUUGCCUUACUCCGCCUGGGGGUGAAGGAGCAACCAGAGCCCUCUGGCCCAGCCUCCAGCCAGGAUCUGAGCUUCCUGGCUGGGCUGGUCCUCACUGUCCGACAUCCACCCUACCGGAAGCUGGUGAUCUCCUUCCUGUUCAUCUCAGCAGCCGUUCAGAUGGAGCAGAGCUACCUGGUCCUGUUCUGUACACAUGCCUCCCGGCUACAAGACCAUGUCCAGAGCCUGGUGCUAACCAUCCUGGUCUCAGCUGUACUGAGCACCCCGCUGUGGGAGUGGGUUCUGCAGCGAUUUGGGAAGAGGAUGUCGGCCUUCGGGAUCUCUGCGAUGGUGCCUUUUGCAAUCCUGUUGGCUGCUCUGCCCACAGCACCCGUGGCGUAUGUCGUGUCCUUUGUAUCUGGCGUGAGCAUUGCUGUGUCCUUGCUGCUACCCUGGUCCAUGCUUCCAGACGUGGUGGAUGACUUCCAGAUGCAGCACCAGCAUGGCCCAGGCAUGGAGACCAUCUUCUACUCAUCCUACGUCUUCUUCACCAAGUUGUCAAGCGCAAGUGCCCUGGGCAUCUCCAUGCUCAGUCUGGAGUUUGCAGGGUAUAAGGCAGGAGCCUGCAAGCAGGCAGAGGAGGUGGUGGUGACUCUCAAGGUCCUCAUUGGUGCCAUGCCCACCUGCAUGAUCCUCAUUGGUCUUUGCAUCCUCAUGGUUGGCCCUGCUCCAAAGGUGCCAAGCCAGGGCACCUCCUGCCAGCAGAGCCUUCGGAGGAGGACCAGCUACAGCAUAGCUUAAAGUUCGAGACUUCUGUGAGCUGGAAUAGCAGGAGCCAGUAUCUUCUGGUCUCAAAGUCCCACUUCCUUCUCCAGCUGCUUAACACCCGUGCUUUGCAGCUUACACCUGACCUUUCCCCUGGUAUACGGCGUCUUCAGUGACCACUCCAGAAAGGACUGGCCUAGGCUCCACCUGUCAUUUCUUGCCUGCUGACCACAGAGCAUCUCAGAUAGGCCUGUGCCACUGACUACCAGCUCCAGACAACCUUUGAGCUGGAAGGCAGCCCAACGGCCGCUAUUCCUGGAAAGAGGAAGCCCUAACUGGCCCAACCUGCAGAUUCCCCAUGGGAGCACCAACAACCUGCUCACCUGACAGGACAGACACACAGACCUCUUGUUCCUCCUGACACUCCAGGGGACAUCCGAGAGAGAGACACCUCAUGAACUGGCAGAAGGGGGACAGAUGGACAUGCUGGAGAUGUCCAGUUAGGAGACAGACAGAUGCAGAGGCCAAGAGACCCCAGAGAGAGCGAAUGGGGAAAGCAGUGGGGUUGAGAAAGCUGAGCAGGGCCUGAGAGAUGUUUGUCAAGCCUUUCCCUUCGUUCAGACAGGUUGGUGACACUCUGCUUCCGUAAAUGGACACAGACUGAUAUCAAGCCACCAAAGAUCAAUCAUUUUUAUGAACAGUACUCGGGUGGAAAUAUUUUUCUAUAAUUUUCUCUUAUAAAAGCACAGGAACCGGUUUUCUAGAGGCCAUGUCUUUGGGGAAGAAAGAUGCACAGAGAUUUAUUUUUUUUCAAAAACAAAUUAAAAAGCUUUUCUAUUGAGUCUGUAAAAUGUCUCAUCCCACCUCCUGGGAAACCCAUCCUGAGGAAGGCAGGGGAGCAGCCUGAUGUUACUGAACCUGGCUAUGUCCCCUUAGACAUACAUCCCUGACUACGCAUCUCUUCAGACCAGCCAGGGACAAACAAAACAGCCCUUUCCUGUUCCCUUAGCUUUCUCCUCUCCAAAUAAUCAGCUUUACUCUCCCCCCUCCCCCGGCACCAUGGCCAUGGCGCUGUCACCUCAUCCUCGUCUGCCAUCCCCUCCUUACCCAUUCAACCUUGCUGCUGCCUCCUCACUGAGGAGAUGGUGCAGCCUGGCGGGGGAGCUCCAGCAUUGGUGAAAGGGAGAUGUGGUUUUGGUGACUGGAUAGAAGCCGACAUAAUUUACUGAAAACGCAGGAGGCAGAACAAGUGUGGGGAGAAGACAGGUUCCACUUUGGACAUAUGAUAGUUUUAACUGUCCCAAGAAAGAAGAGUCUGGAUGUUGCUUUCAUCUUUUACCUAUGUGAUUAAUCAGCUUAGUCAACAAAUCUGAGCUUCCAUUUCUUUUUUGAACAAAUGUCUACACUAUUACCUACACCUCGGGAUGGCUGUAAGGGUUGAGAUAAUACCUGACCAAGGAAGCCCUCAAUGACGGGUACCAUGAAUGCGGAUCGCUCCCUCUCAAAACUCCUCACUCGGCUUUCACAACCCUACGCUUCUCAACCACCUCUAACCAUCCAUUUUGUCUUUUCCUUUGCUGCUGCUGCUUUUGCUGCUCUGCCAUGGUGGCAGCUUCCCGGGGCCCUGGGAGCUCAUUCACCACCACCUACACACCAUUCCAUUUCCAGCCCUGAGCUCCCCGCUGACCUUCAGGUCCCCAGAGCCAAAGACCAGAAGCCCAUCUGAGUGUUCUUCAGACAGUUAAAAUGUCAUAUGUCCAAAGUGGAGUCCAUCUUCUUCUCCCCACACUUGUUCUGCCUCCUGCAUUUGGGUCAAUUAUGUUGGUAUCCAGUCACCCAAACCCAAAAACUUGGUGUCUUCUUGGUUUCCUCUCUCCCAUUCACCCCACCGUCCCCAUCCCCAUAUACACUGAGUGUGGAUUAAGCAACAGAAAGAAACGGUUGCAGCUUGUGGGAUAUUAUCAAAUGGUAGAAGUUAUCUGAAAUUGGACAGAAAGUUUAACACCAGUAUGGAUGGGUGUGGCUCAUAACACAGAGUGGACGGACAUAACUGCUUGCUAGAUGUUUGAGAUGUGUAUGUGUGUUUGUGUAUUCCGGUGGGGCUCAGUUCAGCUGGGUACAGUUUUCUGUUUGCCUUAAGGACAAAACUGGUAGAUAAGCAACAGGAAAUUCAUGUUAUGCUCUAACUGUUCCCUAAUAUAGCAGUUGCUUUGGAACAAACUUGUGUUUUCAAAACAAACAUUGUAACAGAAUUGAGUGUAGAUGUGUGUGGGAAUAAAUAUAUAGAAAUCCCACAUGGUCCCAUAAAUAUUAAAGGAAUGAAAUAAAUAUUUUAAAAUAUUACCACAAAGAAAACACCAAAUCCAAAUGAUUUUACAAAGUUCUAUCAAACUUUCAAUCAAGGAUCCUUCCUAUCUUAUGCAAACUCUUCCAGGGAAUAGAAAAAGACAUAUUCGGCAACUCAUCAUACCAGGACAGAAUAAGCUUGACACCAAAACUAGACAAGUAAAAAAGAAAGGAAAUUUACAGGCUAAUCUUACUCAUGAACAUAGAAGCAAGAAUCCUAAACAAAAUAUAAGCAAACUGAAUCUGGCAAUGUCUAAAAAAAUAGAUACAUCAGGAACAUACUGGGUUUAUUCCAAGAAUGCAAGGUUUGUUCAAUAUUAGAAAAAUCUAUCAAGUAAGAUUUACCACAUUAACAGAUUAAAGGGGGGGAAAAGUAUAAUCUUGAUACAAAACUAAUCAUUUGAUAAAAACCUAACACCUAUUCAAUAAUAAAGGUACUUAUAGAAGAAAAAUUUUAAAUCUGAGAAAGUAGAUCUACUAAAAACCUAUAGCAAACAUCCUUCUUAGUGGUGAUGAUGUUAGGAAUAAGGCAAAGAUACCCACUAUCACUGCUGCUGUUCAAUACUUUAUUAGGGGAUCUAGCCAGUGCAGUAAGUAAUAGUAUAAGAAUUAGAAAGAGGGCUGGCCGAGUGACGCAAUGGUUAAGAACCGGCUAGGGAUGCCAG